GUCGAACUAAAAUACAAAUAAGUUUUACAUUUAAAUAGAGUUAGGUAUAUGGUAAUUAGUAUUUAAACGCACUAAUAGUUAUAAUUAGUUAAAUGGUAACCGUUAAACACAUUUCGGUACCUACAGACUUGCUAAUUGACGUACUAUUGGAAUUUUACCGGAAAUUUUACUUUCACUUUUAGUUGUGGGCUUGCACUUGCAGCCGACCAAUAGCUCCGUUUCGCAAUCCAAAUCUCCAAUCAAUAAGCUUAUUCUGACCGCGACAUUUCUAUUUACUUGCUAGACUGCCACGCGAACAAGCGUUAAGGUCUUAGCGCAGGGAAUACGCAUGUCCAUUAAUAUUCUAUGGUGUAUUCAUAUGGUGAUAAUGUAACAGGAGUGUUUUUGGAGUUCUUUCUAAUAUUCUUGACUAGUUUUCGAAUACACGGACAUCAUGGGUUUGGAGAAACGUCACAGUAAUGAGGAGGCUAACUCUGAAUAUCUGUACCAGCCCAACAUUCUUCAGAAGCUGGACUUCAGCAGGAGUCCAGCUAAGUUCAGUCCUCAGAUAAGUGCAGCGCAGCCUGGUGAAGAAUGGAUGGUAGUGAGGCCAUUACAGCGAGCUGAUUUUGAUAAAGGAUUCUUGCAAUUGCUCAGUCAGUUAACAAAUACGGGCAAUAUAACAAGAAAACAGUUUGAUGAGCGUUUCACGCAAAUGAAGAGUUCCGGCGGAUAUUACGUCACAGUGAUAGAGGACAAACGCAUUUCCAAAAUCAUCGGCGCAGCCACACUCACGAUUGAACAGAAAUUCAUUCACAACUGCUCUGUGCGCGGCCGACUUGAAGACGUAGUUGUCAACGAUACAUAUAGGGGAAAACAACUAGGGAAAUUGAUCGUAGUGACAGUGUCGUUAUUGGCGCAGGCGCUAGGUUGCUACAAGAUGUCGCUGGACUGCAAAGACCACCUCAUCAAGUUCUACAACAGCUUGGGCUACAAGCUGGAGGCCGGGAACUCGAACGCCAUGAACAUGCGGUUCGAGGAGCCAUCCUGACAGUUAGCCGCUGGGACGUCCGACCUGCGCUCCAAACUGUAAGUACGCGCGUACACUGCACGCCACCGGCGGAUAGCCAUCACGUGUAGCCAAUAGAUCAUCACAUAAUUUGUACCAUGUAACAGUGCGUUUUAAAUAAUAAUACAAGUCGAUAUUGAUACGCUUAAAACAGUAUUAUUUUAAAAUUACUGUAUUAUAUCAUAUACGGAGGAAGAAGAGAUUGUGAUACUUUAUUUGCACACAAACUCGAAAUUACAUAUAAAAUAAAGAUAACACGUAAAUUAAAAUGCGGCCUUAUUGCUGCAAGCUCUCUCUCAUAGGUAACCUCUUAAAGACAGGACAUGCAUAUACAUAAGUACAUUAUAUACAUAAUAUAACUUGAUUAUAUUCUGUAAAUGAAAACCGAAAUAAUAUUUUACAGGUUUUAGAGGUGAAUUAUGUACUGUCUCAGAAACUUAUCUGAUAAAACGAAACGCUUAUAGUGUUUGUGUAAACCAUUGCCAUAUAUUUUACAGAAAGAAAUCAGAUAAAACCAUAACACACGAUGGAAUAUCAUAAUAAAGCGACUCCCUUUACUUUAUUGGGUACGCGCAGAGUAGCGUAAGUACUAUGCACGUGUCGGUCUUUUAUCUUCAAUAGGGUUGUCAUAAGAAAAAACUGUUAGGGGGUAUGCUGUAUAUUUCCACGUAAUGCUAAAUCGCUUGGCACAUCGCUUUAGUGAAGAACUGGCCACGGCCGAAGCCAGUCAAAAACGUAAUACAAAAAUAAUACUGCUUUGACAAUUAUAGUAAGCGAAUUAGCCCUAUUGUUAUUUAAAACGCACGCCCAUCAUUGCAUCGCAAAAUCGAAAUAGUUUUGUUACUAUUUGGUUGCAAAAAUCUGUGUUGUUUUUUAAGUGUUUUGAAAUAUUGUGAUAACCGUUAGGUGGUUCGUGUGGACAGUUUAGCAGGGUCGAUUGGUUUAUCCAUCAAAUACUAUAUUUUACAAUUAUACUCGUAUAAAAAAAAAAUGUACGAAUUUAAUAACUCAUCUUAUUAUGCUAGUCUUAGUUAGACAGACAUCUUUACGAAGCAAAUAAUAGCUUAAUUGGCUUAAACCUACCAUCUUUUAAAAUAACAGCUUGUAUGGCUUAAACCUGCCAAACUGCAAAUUUAUGAACAUAACACAGUUAUCAUGAAAAGAACUAUUUAAAAAAAUUAAAAAAAAUCUGUAACAUGAUAUAUCUAUAACGGUCGGAAAAAAAAUCAAAACACUUAAGUUCCAAAGAACUUAAUAUUGGUUUUUGCUCUGUGGUAUUGUACCUUAGAAUAUACGUAUAUACGUGAAUAACAAACUGAUUGCCAAAGAAAAAUCUAACUCGGUUAUAAAACCUAUAUAACCCUAGCAUAUAGGGUAGGUAUUUAUCUACCCUCGUCUUCUAUGGUGCAUAAAAUGGCUAUUUUUAAUUGAAAAAAUUAUAUGAAUUGUUUCUGUGUCUGUGACGUUCUGCACAUUUCGUCCUUUCGUCGUGCGUAUGUCGUGCGUAAAGUUUCUCGACUAGCAUUAUUCAGUUAGAUCGAUAGUAAAACUUGUAUUUGAUGGGGUAAUCAAUCGAUUUGGGUGCCCAGCACAUAGUUGUGUUUAGUUUAUAAAUUUAAUUUUUUUGUAGUUAUAAUUCAGGGUGGGAACAAGAUUGGAUAUGGGGGGUUCGGAACAGCUUACGUUACUUCUUCGAAACAUAAUUUAAAUGUUGUUUCAAAAGAGGUACAUCGGUAGUGUUAUUUCUUGUAUCUUUAUUAAAAAUCCAAUAACCUGCCUUUCUUCUCUAAUCUUUUGUGUCUAAUGUUUUUGUAAACCUAAAAACAAAUAGGAAACAAUUAGGAGGACAUUUCAUUUCUCGGCCUCAUUUCAAUCUCGUUUUGACCUUGAAAACCAUUUUAUAUACGUUGAGAUUAUUUUGCUGUUUUAAAGUUAUAUGUAGCUCUGUGUUUAGUUCUAACGCUUAUAUAUAUAAAUAUAUAUAUAUAUAUAUAUUUGUGAAUAACUUAGCUUGUUUUGAUGUACUUAAUAGACUAUAAAUUGUAUUGUAUUGUACGCUGUUAACAUUUACUGUGAUUAAAUAUCUUUUGCUUUGAA